UUUCUACCUCAUACAAUAGAAAUUGAUAACAGUUUAGACUUUGUCAGCUACAGCGUGAUUGACACAAGACAGGGCGGCAUUUGCAUUCUGAGAAAGCGAAGGUAUGGGAGAGGAGACUUCUACGUCUGUGGAGGUUAAUACAGAUUAUACGCCGCCGAAAUUUUUCCGGAUUAACAAGAGUUUAUUGCUGUUAAAAUCAACUUUAUUUUUUCUUCAUGGAGCUACAUCGUCGCUUGUCCCUUACCUCACCAUUCACAUGCAGAGCAUCGGUCUUUCGAUGGAACAGAUCGCCAUCAUUUACCUGUGCUUGCCAUUCACCACAUUCCUUGCGCCUCCGGCAACAGGUUACUUAGUGGAUAAAUUUGGCAAGUAUAAGCCUGUAGUCAUUGGAUGUUUUAUUCUUACGGCAAUAUUGCAUCACUCCCUGUUGUUAAUGCCCCAUCAAGAAACACCUGGAACCGUGCCCAGUGGAUAUAUUAUUAGACAUCCAAAGAAGAUGUACGUUGAGGUGUGGUGGAGUCCUUGUCCCAGCAGGGAAUGCCCAGAUGAUGAAGAACUAGAUAUAGCUCUCGACUUUUGUAUGGACCAUUGUCUAUUAAAAGAAGCGAAACUACUGAAAAACAAGAAACUAAUUAAAACAAAUCCAACGAAGAAACCUUGUGAGGAUGAGGACCCUGGAGAUAAAGAUGAUUUAAAUUUUCAUAUAAAAAAGAAACAAAGGAACGAUACGGCUACUGCAUUCACACUAGACAUGCAUCCAAAACUCGGAGAUCCAGUGGAACAAUUUGGUAUUGAAAUUGAAGACGAAGACGAUGAAGACGUUACUGAUUUUAAAAAGAGAUUUAGGCUUGGUAUGCUUAAAAGGCACGGAGUGGACAUUAACGAACUGGAAACCAAAGAUUUAAGAUGUGGUGGAAUCGUUUUGGAAGCCAACGGAACUACAACAUCGCUGUUACGAAAUUAUACUGAUGAUUGUAUUUUACAGAAGUGUCAAUUCAGAUCAGGUGGUCCUAAAGUAUGCCCUCCAGACUACAAAGCAGCUGAACCCAUAGUCUUCUGGAUUUAUGGUGGACUUCGUUUCCUAGCGACAAUGAUGCAACUAGCAGCCACAACUAUUAUGGAUCCCGUAGCACUGUCAAUGAUAGAAAAGCACGGUGGUGAUUUUGGUAAAGAAAGGCUAUUUUCUUGCUUUGGAAUGGCAAUAUUUGCCCCCAUAACAGGAGCCUUAAUCGAUUGGUAUAGUCAAAAAGUCGGCCAUACUGAUUAUUCACUUGCAUUUUAUUCUUUUGAUUUUUUGCUAAUAGUUGCAUCUUUGUCAUUGUUUUUUAUGCCGUUGGAUACAAAAUUACCGUCUGAUAAUAUGUUCAGCGACUUAAAGAAGAUUUUGAAAAUGCCAGCGUUGAUAUUGGUUGUGUUCUUUUUGUUCCUGUUAGGUAAUUUAUGGGGUUUCAUAGAAAGUUUCCUGUUUUUCUACUUAAAAGAUCUGGGAGCUCCAAACUAUUUAUUGGGAAUAACUGUUACAGUUGGUACAAUGAGUAGUGUACCAUUUCUUUAUGGCUCCGACAAAAUAACUGGCACCAUUGGGCACGUAACUGUGGUUAUCUUGGCGUUCUUUGCUCACGCUACUCGGCUUGUGGGUUAUUCGUUAAUCGAGAGUCCAUGGUGGUGUUUUCCGUUCGAGGCUUUGGAAUCGAUAGCAGUACAUUUAAUGUGGGUAGCAGCUGCAACAUACUGCGCUGUGUUGGCACCCAGAGGCUUACUAGCUACGUUAUUGGGCGUGUGUGCAGUAGCACAUUAUAGCGUUGGAAGAGGUAGUGGCAGCUUUAUCGGUGGUCACAUUAUUGCAAAAUUCGGAAUUACAACUGCUUUCCGGAUAAUGGGAAUGUUUGCAGUAUGUUCCGGAUUGUCGUAUGCAUUUUUGAACUUAGUGUGGUUAAGAAAGGUUGAAAAACGAGAACAAGAUCGUAGAGAGGCCGAAGUAACGGAGGAACUAAAAGGCGGCGGCUUGAAAUACAAAGAUCAAGGCACGAUGAUGAGUUUAGAAAGACUAACUGUCAUGAUCGAUCAGAACCAUAUUGGUUCUAUCACUUCCUUGGGUAGACAUUCAAGAAGCGGUAUUAUUAGAAGAGGUAGUCUAUCAGCGGCUAGACCAUCCAUACCUAAUGCUAGAACCGAGCUGCUUAAAUCUGCUAACGAAAUAAAUCAACAUAGAACUAGACAGAACAGUGAAAGGGAUGGGUCCGCAAGACAAAUUUACCCAUCCCUGAGCAGUCAAGGAGUAAACGGUUCAGUAUUGUGUGAAAAAGAGGAAAUCGUUUACGAUGAAAUCAAAAGAAAAGCACAGAGUUAUAGCUCCGAAAAAGAUGAAACAUUGUACGAUGAAAUCAAGAGAAAACCUGAGAUUAACAGCCAAGAUGAUAAAAGCGAUUCAGAAAAAUUAUGAUAUCCAACAGCAAGCAUUUUAAAUAGGUCGUAGUGAACUUUAAUUAAGUUUUCACUAGUAUUAAGAAAUAAUUUUAAUAAAAUUUUAACUUAUUUA